CCAGAACCUCCUCACGUAUUUACAUACGCCGCGCAUCUUCCAGUCGCUUCGCUUCGAGUCGCUGUGUGUGAAAUCGCUCCAAGAAGCAACUGCUGUAUCCAUGGCUAAUUAUAUCCACGUCCCGGACGAGGCUCCCGCCGUCCCCAAAAUAGACGUAACGGUUGACGAGCGAGACUACAGACCCGGUGCGCUUCAGCUAAUGAAAGAGCUGAGACCGAGCUGGAAACCGUCUGAAAUCAAAGUCAAGUUUUUCACAGACGGAAUCACCAACAAGCUCUUCGGCUGCUACGUGGGCGCGGUCAUGCAAGACGUGGUCCUGGUCCGGAUUUACGGCAACAAAACGGAGCUGCUGGUCGACAGGGAAAACGAGGUGAAGAGCUUCAGAGUGCUGCACGCGCACCGCUGCGCCCCCCGCCUUUACUGCACCUUCAACAACGGCCUCUGCUACGAAUUCCUGCAAGGAACCGCGCUGGAGCCGGAGCACAUUCGCAGCCAUCCUGUUUUUAGGCUUAUUGCGAGACAGCUGGCCAAGUACCACGCCAUCCAUGCCCAUAACGGCUGGGUUCCCCGCUCUGACCUGUGGCUAAAGAUGGGCAAGUACUUAGCCCUCAUUUCCAAGUGCUUCAAGGAGUCUGAGCAGAAUGACAGGUUCAGUCUGGAGGUCCCCAGCCUCGAGUCGCUCAAAAAUGAGCUGGUGUGGCUCCAGCAGAGCUUGUCUGUGCUGGGCUCCCCCGUAGUUCUGUGCCACAACGAUCUYCUGUGCAAAAACAUCAUCUAUAACCAGGGGGAAGGCAGUGUAAAGUUCAUUGACUACGAGUACGCUGGGUACAAUUACCAAGCCUUUGACAUUGGGAAUCACUUCAACGAGUUUGCUGGCCUGAACGAAGUGGACUAUAGUCACUACCCAGAGCGGGCCUUCCAGCUGGAGUGGCUCCGCUCCUACCUGGAGGCCUAUAAGGAGCACAAAGGCCAGGGCGAAGCAGUCACCGACAGAGAGGUGGAGGUUCUCUACGUUCAAGUCAACAAGUUUGCCCUGGCGUCUCAUUUCUUCUGGGGUCUCUGGGCUCUGAUUCAGGCCAAGUUCUCUACCAUUGAUUUUGACUUCUUGGGAUACGCAGUCCUGCGCUUCAACCAGUACUUCAAGAUGAAGCCAGGGAUAUCUGCUGUGAAUUUACCCGAAUAAGAGCYGGCACACACCCCCUCAUUUCUGCUAUCCCAUCAACCCUGCUCAGCACUUCUGAAGAUGACUGCAGGAGGCCCUCUAGAGGUCUGCGACGAGAAUAACUAGACUAAUAUUCUUUAGUCUCCACUGUCCAUUUCUACAAAAAACAAACAAACAAAAAAAAAAAACAAACUGAAUGAAACACAAAGCUAAGAUCAACUCUAUGCAUCAUUUGUUGAGAGCUGAUGGUUAACUUGUUACAACAUGGUUAUGUUUAUUUUUGGUCUACUUUGCUGUACUCUUAAUAACUCAGACAUGACAUUAAAUCAAUUUACUGUAUGUCCAGAUAAUUGUUUUAAUAUCUCAUAGUAAAAACUGUAAGAGACGCAGAGACUGAGCGCCCCCUCCUCGCACAGAUAAAGUUAGAGCCAGUUAAAGACUUUAUUUAAAGCAGAUAAAAAACCUGCUUUCUGCAGGAGGACGGAGAUGGGGAAGAAGUAAUUGCAACACGAUGGCAGAGCUGUUUUUGAGACUAACGUAACACGUGAACACCAAAAACACUGACUGCUCGUCCUURUUUUGCCCAUCAUACUGAGUGUAUACGGGCGCCGCUGUGAAGUUGACUUGAGGACCCGUGUGUUUGUUUUUUCUGAAGGUACAGAGUUGUAGAACAGCGUCUUGUUUACUUAUUACCUCUUCAUUUCACUGGAUAGCCGUUCGACUUGAGGAUGAUUUUCACUUUAAUGUAGAUUUCUCUUUUUUUAUGUUUAUUAGUAAUUUACCUCACAGACAUUUGAACAUUCCCUGUUCAUAACGUUGUUCAUAAACUCUGUUGCACUUGCAUGAAAGGUCAGUAGUGUCGGGUUUAUUUCACUGUGAACCGUCUAGGUUGGGGUCCUGUUUCAUUUUAUUUUUAUCACUCCUACGCCACUAAUUCAUUGUUCUGUAUAACAUGGCCUGAGUCAGAUGUUGGAGCCACUGCUGGGCUUUUAUUUUGAAAAGAUGGUCUGUGGAAGCAACGUUGGGUGUGAAUGUCUCCAACUCAUUUCCUGUUAUCUGUAGUCGGGUGGAGGAGGCAGCAGGUUCAGGAGGGAAACCAGACCUCCGUCUCCUCUGGGGGGCUCCAAGGUUUCCAGGUCCGAUGGGAUGUAAAAUCCCUCCAGCUAGUUCUGGGUCUGCCUCGGGGUCUCUUCAGUAGGAGGAGGAGGGUGUAAAUGUAAAGUUUUUUAUUUUUUAUGUUUGUUUUUUAAUGUGAUGAGAAGCAUUUGUUCAGGAGASAGACUUUCAAGCCUUUUUUUUAACAACAAAACUGACACCAAAGUGCUGCCAUCUUGUUCUUACAUCGCACACUUUAUCCUGUAGCAUUAUCAGAAUUAGAUGUUUUUAUAUACAUUUAGAUUAAACUUUUAAAGCUAAGGGCUUUGAGAUCUGGUCUGAACUCCGCCCCUAAAUAACUUUUUGAAUGUAGUAAAGCGAAAAAGGUUUUAACUCCAAAACAAAAGCUUUAGAGCGACCGACCGACACUCCAGCUAAAUCGGGUUUAAGGCACAAUUUGGGUCUCGGAGUACAUUUUAUUUUGCACUUCUGUAAAGUUUGAAGCUUAUUCACCUGUCAAAUUUGUUGUUUUUGUUUUGUAUUAAUAAAUUAWAUUCAAAUUAGUGUUGACCCAUUUCUAUAUUUAAAAGUGUUGGCCCAUUAGUCAGAAAGGUGUGCGAAAUGUAAAUAUUUUGAAUUAAUACACGAGUUCAAGUAGUGGGAAAAACAUUUUAAGUUCUCUGGGAGUAUGGUUAAUAAAAUGUUAGUUUACAUUUAACAAAUCUAUUUUUAUGUUUGACUCUUUAUUAAAUCUGAAUCUGCUACCAUGUUAAAUUAUCUUUUCAAGGCUUAUUUGGUGCAAAUCAAUACAUUGUAUUAUUAUAUAUGUAGGAGUCCUAAUAACGAAGUGUGAUCAUAACAUUUGUUUCUAACAAUAAAUCUCUUUGGCCACUGUAAUGUGUUUAUAUGUAUAGCAAACAAAUGUAACGAACUGCUUCUUUGAAUGUGAAUUAAUGUACAUAAUGGGAGUUUUCUCUUAUUUUUCCUUUGUUUUUUAAAAGAUGCAUUAAAGUGAACGAUUACCUGGUUUAAGAGGUAAAAUUGGCAAAAAGAAAAUGUAAAUAUGCUUUCAUCAAUAAAAUAUAUUUACCAAGA